UGGAAAGAGGAAGCCAGGACUGGGUCGGAGCCGAACGAGGACGUGCGCGGUGGCUUCCUUAGCCGGACAGCAGCAACGCCUUGCUGGCCACGAGCGGACUCCUCGCCGCCGCCGCUGCAUUCGGGGGGCGCCUCCGGGAGACAUGGCCCUUAGGAGGCGGAGGACGGAAGCGUUCAGAAAGAAAGUGUUGGAGAAACUUUUUCCUGCUCCUGUUCCUCCUGAUACGGUUUCUUCAAGUACAGAGAGCAGUAUUGUUCUGAGUGGUCCAGUUUCCGAGCAAGAAGAUCCCGAGAGUGCAGCUUUGCAAGGAUACUCGAGUUUACCAGGUAAAAAGAGUAUGUUGCUGCCUCCAAGAAAAAUGUACACAGUGAAUCCACCUCCUGAAGAUUAUGUACCAGCCGCUAAUAAGGAAAUCUGUAAUGAAAACUCUGAGGGUGAUGAUGCCAAUGUCGAUGAUGCUCCAGAGGAGAAUGACGAAGGAAAACCCCAGAGAAAACGCAUUCGAAGGAAGAAACAAAAGAAUAUUUUGCAAAACCCUGAUAGUUUACAUGGAGGCCAAGCAGAAUGUGGGAAGCAUGAAAAUCUGAUUGAAGAUAAGUUACAGUUGCGGCACACAGACAGCCCAAAUCUAAGUCGAAACAAAAAGAGGAAAAUGAAAAAGAAGCGGCAAAAAGAAAAAAUGAGAGCAGCUGGCUUGCUAACAAAACCAACUGGAAUAGAUUUCACAUAUAAACCUGAGAAGGAGGGAGAAACAGACUCUGAAGAUGCAGACAAAAAAGUAGAUGAUAUUCUGGAUUUUUUGCAAGCAACACAAGAAAUCUAUUUCUCUGAGAAGCGAUCAAAAUGUGUGGAGUCAGCUGUGAGUUCAGAAAGCGUUCAUGAGAUUUUACAGAGUCUUGAAUCUCACAGCAUGUCUUUGUCAGAUGUCACUCUGCUGUAUCAGAUGAAAUCCCUCAUACUUCUGCAGGAUAUCGAAAGACUAAAGGAUGCUGUGGAAAAGUUCCACGUGCAGUCAGUGAUGCCUCCUGAUCAUGCCAAGGCAAUCUCUUCUUUGUUUCUCUACUGGAUUACUGAUAUCCUUCCUGGAAAGAACAGGAAAUAAGCUGAAUGCACACAUCCAUCUGAACAAAGUUAAAAUUUAAUACAUAUGAUUCAAGAGUUGAAUCCAAGGAUAUUUAGAAAUGGCAAUGCCAUUGAAGAGAUUGCAACUUUACUGAGAAACUUCUGUUUUCUGUUUGGUUUUUAUUUUUACUUUUGAAAGUAUCCACAAGUUAAUAUAAAACAUUAGGAGUUCCUUUUAUUUAAAAUAUGCUAAGCUGAGAGAAGAACGUGUAAGCACCCAUUUACCUCUUUAAUGCAGGCCCUACUUUAACUUAUUAUUGCAGAUGGAUUCAUAUAAGGCAUAAUCUUUUAUGAGAUGCUUCAUAGCUGUCCAAAUAGGUUUGUGGUCAGAGCUUAGUGAAAAUUACCCUUCCAAGUACUGCUGUUCUUGUUGCUAAAAUUAUGUUAAAAUCUAUAUUUUUAUACAUAAAAUAAAGAGAACAGGUUUUA